AUGAUCUUACGGAAGGUUCUCGUUCUCGGAUUUUUAACUUUUCUAUUUUUAAUCGAAGAUGUCAAACCAACAUCGUGCGCUUUCUACUGCUUCGUCGUUCCAUCGAGGAAGGAAACGUUCGACAUCUCCUCGUUCCGUAAUUUGUCUUGCACCCAUUUCGUCUAUGGCUUUUCUCGUAUACGAUCCGACAUGUCGCUACGUUCUGUCACUUCACGUGACAACUUGGAAAUAGUAAGCCCCGGGAAUCUGCGGAAAUUUUUGGGACUAAGGAAUACACAUCCACAUGCCACACUUCUAUUGGGAGUGCAAAUGACGGCAAACGACGUUUUUCAUGACGUUCGACAUGCACGGCGCACAGCGGAGCUCAUUACCAACUCGGCCAAAAAGAGACAUUUCGAUGGUGUGUUCGUUCGUAUGGAGGGACCAUCACUGGAGUCAACCAGCUCUCAGCACUUCCUUGCCGCCCUGUCAAUCACUCCCUCGGCAGUCAGCUCAUUGACGACGUUGUCAAUCUCACCUCGAUGGAUGUGGAGAGUCAUCAACAGAAUUCAUGAGUUCGCCGACUAUGUUGAGCACAUCUACCUCGAUAUGGAGGAGCUACCGUCGUCAGAGGACCCCUACGCUGUGAGUCAUCUCGAUCCGCUCAUGCCGUCCGAUUCGAUUCCAUUAGAAGAUACGAUCAGUGGAUCAGUAGAUAAAAUGAUAAGCAGCGGAGUCCCAGCUGAGAAGAUCGUUGUUGGACUGACCAGCGGAGGACGAGCGUACAGAAGGGGCUAG